AGCAUCAUGAAAAUAUACGCUGUAUCCGAUGGACCACCGUCGUUGGCGGUCCGAAUGACGUUGAAAGCGUUGAAUAUUCCCCACGAACACGUCCCCGUGGAUUUCGGCAAGGGAGAGCACAUGACGGAGGGUUACGCUAAAAUGAAUCCGCAAAAGGAGAUUCCCGUUCUCGAGGAUGACGGUUUCUUCCUGAGUGAGAGCAAUGCUAUUCUGCAGUACCUUUGCGACAAGUACGCCCCGGACAGCCCACUAUAUCCGAAGGACCCAAAGGAACGCGCCCUGGUCAAUCAUCGCCUUUGUUUCAACCUGUCGUACCUGUACCCGCAGAUAUCGGCCUAUGUGAUGGCUCCGAUUUUUUUCGACUACGAACGGACCCCGAUGGGAUUGAAAAAGUUGCACAUCGCUUUGACCGCGUUCGAAACCUAUAUGAGUCGAUUGGGCACUAAAUUUGCGGCUGGAAAUCAUCUUACCAUUGCCGACUUACCGCUGAUUACUUCGGUAAUGUGCUUGGAAGGAAUCAGUUUCAAUAUUGAUCAAUAUCCUUUGGUCAAGGCAUGGUACGCAAACUUCAAGCAGCAAUAUCCUGAAUUAUGGUCCAUAUCGGCUGUCGGCAUGGCCGAGAUUACCGAGUUCGAAAAAAAUCCUCCAGACCUAACUGGAAUGGAUCACCCCAUUCAUCCCAUCAAGAAAGUAAAGAAAUGAACUGUCGGAUACGUUUUACGCAAUAAAGAAACGUUUUCUUGUUUCCUUAUCGUACAUUAAAAACGGAAAAUGA